AUGGGUAGCAGCAGCCUCAACCCAUCCUCUCCUCGCGACGAUGAAACCGUGCUCUUCCUCUUCAUCGCCUUUGCCAUUCUCAUCGUCCUUCUACUCCUGCUGGUGUUGAUCUCGUGCCAGACGUGGAUGUUGUGGAAGAUGGCAAAGGCGGUUGUUGAGCAGGACACUCAGAUUACACAGCGAGGGCGAAAAGGGUAUGGGUAUGAUAGUAGUGGAAUAAGUAAGAGGAGGAGUGUCAGAGGUAGUAUUUAUACCGAUGGCGAGGAAGAGAGAAAUUUGAUGAGUGGAGGUAGUGGCAAUGGACCAGAGGGAAAGAGGAGGACGGGGGUUUGGGGAGUCGGAGGGUUGUAG